GUGAUUCCAAAGUAAUCGGUCCAGAUAAUUCGCCCAAAGCUAAUGACUAUGAUGAUCUCAUGCCUUCGUCAAUGGAGAAAAGAACUAAUAAAGUUCAGACAGACUAUGAUAGUGAUUGUAGCCACGACAAUGAUUCUGAAGAAGACAUAUCAUUUUCUGAUAAUAAUAAGAUAAAUGAUAUAGACACGAUGGUUUCUGAUGACGAAGAAGAUGCAGGUUAUUACUAUGAUUUAAGAACCG